AUGUUUACAAGGAUGAUGCUAGAAAGGAAGAAUUGUGUUAAGGAAUAUAAAAAGGUAUAUUUAGGCGGAGUCCCAUGUCGUCUGCAUAAUGAUCAGCCCGAGGUGGAUGACUAUCGAUGGUGUUGCAAUAGUACUUGCGUGAGCAUAGACAUUUAGUACGGCAGGAUUGACGUAGGGGUUUCGUCCAUCAUCGUAGUUCAUGGGACACACGUCAAAUUCGUACUCAUCUUCCAUCAACUCCAGGCGCAAGGAGACACCUUCUUCAGGUGUUGACGAUUCGGCUGUCUGCGUCUUCCCACACCGGUUGCCAAGGCUACGUGACAUCGCGAAAGAGCGCAUCGAGAGGCGCUGGUAGACCCAACAGCGGAAUCGGUUGGAAACCUUCAGUAAAGGUGUAGUAAGUCGAAUCUGUUUACUGGCCAAUAUCUGGUAGAAAGGCUUGUACAGCACUUACACAUUGACCACGAGUAACAACAGCCAUGAGAUAGCGCGAAAGUUGCUGUUGACGACAAACGAAAUAGAUGUCCUCAUACGUGUAGUCGUCUCUUUUCCAGAGGUCUGGUACUCGCUUGGAUAGAACCAGUUUCCGCUGUAGUUGGUAGGUAG